AGUGUUUAUCAAAUGGGCGGAAGUGUUACACUUCUUGCAACGAGUUGUUAUUAGGAAAAAUAUUACUCCCUUGUUAAAUUCUGCGUCUUUCCACCCAACUCGUAGUUUGUUUACUAUACACAAAUAGUUGAGCAACCCGACUACGCUUUUAGUUUUCUUCUUCUUUUUCCCCGUUUCGUUUAAUAACCCGCACCUGUCAAAAUAGAGCUAGCCAGUUAGCUUGUUGUAGCUAGCCAGUGUAAAGCAGGUGGACGAGGUUAGGCAGCGCGUACAGUUUUAAUGUUAACUAUAUAACGAUAGAAAAAAAGCAUCAUUAAUGGCGGCUCGGCAACCCUUCACAGACUCGGAUACUGCUGAUGAAGCAGUGAGGGCGACCUGUGACGAUGCAACUAUAUGCAAAAGGUUUGCUACCAGUAAAAGCUACUGGAAGGACCCCUAUAUCCAGUAUUUUGUAAGAUCUGUAGGAGAGCGGAAGGCACCUGAAAUCAAUAGAGGUUACUAUGCCCGCGUUCAAGGAGUUAACCAUCUCCUUGAUGCGUUUAUAAGGAAAACAGAGUGUGACUGUCAAGUAAUCAACCUGGGUGCUGGGCUGGACACCACGUUUUGGAGACUUAAGGAUGAAAACCUCAUGCCACGGAAGUUCUUUGAAGUUGAUUUUCCAACAGUUGUGGCCAGGAAAAUACACUAUAUCAAGACCAAACCACCCCUGUCCAAACCCCUCCUCGAAACCCACUCAACAGACUCCUUACUACUAGAUGCCCACAGCCUUGACUCAGACCGUUACUGUAUCAUUGGAGCAGACCUCAGAGACAUCUCUAAUUUGGAUGAAAAACUGAAGAAGUUCCAGCUUAAUCCAGAAUUACCUACACUGCUCCUGUCUGAGUGUGUGCUGGUCUACAUGACGCCCUCCCAGUCCUCCAAUGUAGUUCACUGGGCUGCAGAAACCUUCCACACCGCCAUGUUCAUCAACUACGAACAGUUGAACAUGAACGAUCGAUUUGGCCAGGUGAUGAUCGAGAACCUGCAGCGUCGCCAGUGCAUCCUGGCAGGAGUGGAGGCCUGCCAGUCUCUGGAAUCUCAGAAGGAGCGGUUCCUUAAGACAGGCUGGGAGCAUGCUGAUGCUCUGGACAUGAUGACGGUCUACAGUAUGCUCCCCCAGGAAGAUGUGGGAAGAAUUGAGCGUCUGGAGUUCCUAGAUGAGAAGGAGCUGUUGCAACAACUGCUUCAACACUACAGCAUCUGCUGGGCCACCAAGGACAAACUCAAUCUGGGUCUGUCACAGUUGGCAUUUUGAUGUGAAACUGCCCCACUGUUGGACAUGCGUUACCUGUAUUUACACCAAAAUGAACAACAGGAGACGAGGUGGGAAAGGAGACAUUGGUAAAGAGGAAGCCUGUAUUCUCCAUGCAGCCCUUGUCGGGGAGCUGUUCCUCUAUGAAAACUCGCGGCAUCAGCAGAUUGUGAUUUGAUAAGCGUCCUUUGUAACCCCAUACAUCUGCAAGAUAAGACAUGAUUAGAUUAAGAACAUUGAAGAGGUGUGUCUUUACACUGGCACUGAGUUACCAACUGUAAAAUAGAUCAAGUGUGUUUGUAUUAACUUGCCUACAGACAUAUUUUGUCUAUAACUACACAAAAGUAUCGUUUCAAAAUCUGCCAACUUGUGUUGGAUAUUAUUGAAUGUACAAUGUUUUCAGAUGUCAUAUAUUUGUCCUUUUCUGGGUUUUAUUUUACUUUUUUUUUUUUUUAAAUUUAUUAAUCAAUUGCACUUCCAGACUCUUUUUCUU